AUGGAAGGAAACCUUUCUCUGUGGGACUCCACCCCUGCGGACCCUCUGGAGACCUUUUCCAUCCUCAACUCGUCUGGUCCCCCCCCUCUGCCCUGGGAAGCCCCCACCUUCACGGUGGCCGCCCGCUGCCGGGUGGCAGCCACCCUGGUGCUGUUCCUGUUCGCGGCUGUCAGUAACCUGUCGGUGCUGAUCAGUGUGUGCUGGGGGCGGGGCUACCGCCUGGCGGCACACCUCCGCCCGCUCAUCGCCAGCCUGGCCUCAGCUGACCUGGUGAUGACCUUCGUGGUGAUGCCGCUGGACGCCGUCUGGAAUAUAACGGUGCAGUGGUAUGCUGGGAACAUCAUGUGUAAGCUGCUUUGUUUCCUCAAACUGUUCGCCAUGCAGGCCGCAGCCUUCAUCCUGGUGGUGGUGAGUCUGGACCGGUACCGGGCCAUCCUCCACCCUCUGGAAUCUCUGGACGCCGGGCUGCGGAACAGACGCAUGCUGCUGGGGGCCUGGACCCUCAGCCUGCUGCUGGCCUCUCCACAGCUGUUUAUCUUUCGGGCCAUUAAAGCCGACGGAGUGGACUUCACUCAGUGUGUCACCCAUGGAAGCUUCCCGUAUCUGUGGCAGAAGACGGCAUACAACAUGUUUCACUUUGUGACGCUGUAUGUCUUCCCUCUGCUUGUCAUGACUUUCUGCUACACCUGCAUCCUCAUCAGAAUCAAUGGGCAAAUGCACAAGAGAAAAGGUGUGUUACUCUGAAGCAGUGAUGGAGGUCUGAUCCUACAUUUAGUCUUAUCAAUGUUUUGAUGUAUUUGACCUGAGGGAUUAUAUAAUUUAGCUAAAUGCUGGAGCCCCAUAAUCACUCAGAAAAUAAGAAUGACAUCAUUAUGGGAUACAAACUAUGCUAGCAUCAUUGACCAAUUGAACUCAAAUGAUCGCACCACCCAGCCAGUGUGUGUGGCUGCAUCCACUGUCCAGGUUUUGUUAUCGCCCUUGUUAAUGCUUAGGUUUAGGAUUUCUCAUUUGAUUUAAUUAUCUUAAAGUUGCUUGUUGCAUAACUUAGUCAUUGUUGGUUAUUUUCUGUUGGAUUGUAUGAGCUCUUUUCUGGUUAGCCAGCGAUACUGAGGACAUAGGUCUUUAUUUAUAACUGACAAUCAGCUUAAACCCAUCCGUCCAUCAAUUGAAAAAAUAUGUAUUCUUGUUUUGAGAUCCUGUAUUAAGUGAUACAUACUGUGAAUUACCAUGUUAUAUGCAAUUUAUAUAAUUACAAAAAAAAGUUGAUUAUUUACUUUUACUUGAUCAUAAUACUCUGGUAUUCUUUCUAUCAAAGCCAUUGUUUUUUAGUAUCAUUUUAGCCGCCACAUGGGAACAUAGAGCAGUCAGAAGAUCUGAGAGGUAGGAAACAAACGUCCAGGUUA